AGCCAAGCAUUUCAUCCAUUUUAAUUUUCUAUUGCUUUUUAAAUAUAUGUUAUAUCAUAAAGUUAGAUGUGUCAGCUUAAAUAAUACAGUUUCACAGUUAGUGAUGAAUAAUGACAAAAGGAGAAUUUAAAAGAAAAGGCAAGAUAUAUGCUGACAACCAGUACAGAGGCAAGAAUGGGCCCAAGUUAAAGAAAACUCAACAAUAACAACAAAACAGCAGAAGAAAGGAUGCACGUGAAAUUGAUCGAAGUUCAUGUUGAAUGCAGUCAUCUGCUUCGUUCCUUAUGGAAGCAUGUCUCAGAUUCAGCAAACUGAGCAGCCCAUGUGGGAGAGGAACCUUAUUUAUAGGUUCGAGAGGAGAGAGGCCCAGAACAGAGGUUUGCUUUUCCAUUCUUUUAGGGAAAACCGAGGCUGCUAUCAAAAACUUCAGUCCCUACUACAGUCGCCAGUACUCUGUGGCUUUCUGCAAUCAUGUACGCAAUGAGGUGGAACAGCACAGGGAUUUAGCAUCACAGUUUUUGAAGACCAAGCCACCACUGGAGCCUGGAACUGUUCUGUAUGAAGCAGAGCUGUCACAUUUUGCCGAAGACAUAAAGAAAUGGAAGGAGAGAUAUGUUGUGGUUAAAAAUGAUUUUGCUGUGGAAAGCUACGAGAACAAAGAGGCAUACCAGAAAGGAGCUGCUCCUAAAAGCCGAAUUCUUCCAGCUGGUGGCAAGGUAUUAACUUCAGACAAUGACUACAAUUUAUUAUCUGAUCGGCAUUUUCCAGACCCUAUUGCAACCAGCGAAAAGGAGGCCAGCCAGCCUUUUGUGGUCUUUCCAAAGGAGUUCCCUGUGUACCUGUGGCAGCCCUUCCUCAGGCACGGCUACUUCUGCUUCCAGGAGGCUGCCGAGCAGAGGAAGUUCAGUGCCCUCCUCUGCGACUGCAUCCGGCACCUGAACCAUGAUUACAUGAAGCACAUGACAUUUGAAGCCCAAGCCUUUUUAGAAGCUGUGCAGUUCUUCCAGCAGGAGAAGGGGCAUUAUGGUUCGUGGGAAAUGAACACUGGAGAUGAAAUCCAGAUCCUGAGUAGCCUGGUCAUGGAGGAACUCCUGCCAACCCUCCAGACAGACCUGCUGCCCAAAAUGAAGGGAAAGAAGAAUGACAGGAAGAGGGCCUGGUUCAGUCUCCUGGAGGAGGCCUACAACAUGGUCCAUCAUCAGGUUUCAGAAGGAUUAAGUGCCUUGAAGGAGGAAUGCAGAGCUCUGACGAAGGGCCUGGAAGGAACUGUUCGUUCAGACAUGGAUCAGAUUGUGAACUCGAAGAACUUUUUAAUUGGAAAAAUCAAAGCGAUGGUGGCCCAACCAGCAGACAAAAUCUGUGCCGAGAAUGUGCAGCCAUUCUUGACGUCCAUUCUGGAGGAGCUCAUGGGACCAGUGAGCUCUGGGUUCAGUGAAGUACGCUCACUCUUUGAAAAAGAAGUGGAUGAACUUAGCCAGAACUUUCAAGCCACCAAAGACAAUAUCCAGCUAAAGGAGCAUCUAGACCAGCUUAAGAAUCUUCCACUGGAUUCCGUGAAGAUGGAACCUGGUUAUAUCAAAGUCGACCAGCUCCAAGAACGCUUGCAGGAUCUCAGGAGCCGCUUCAGAUUCCCCCACGUGGACCUGGUGGCCCAGAGGACACAGAACUACAUGCAAGAGCUGAUGGGGAAUGCAGUCUUCACUUUUGAGCAGUUGCUUUCCCCACACCUCCAAGGAGAGGCUUCCAAAACUGCAGCUGCCAUUGAGAAGGUGAAGCUCCGAGUCUUAAAGCAAUAUGAUUAUGACAGCAGCACCAUCCGGAAGAGAAUAUUUCAAGAGGCGCUGGUUCAGAUCACACUUCCCACCAUGCAGAAGGCACUGGCGGCCACAUGCAAACCAGAGCUUCAGAAAUAUGAGCAGUUCAUCUUUGCUGACCACACCAACAUGAUCCAUGUUGAAAAUGUCUAUGAAGAGAUUUUAUAUCAGAUCCUCCUGGAUGAAACCCUGAAAGUGAUAAAGGAAGCUGCCACCCUCAAGAAGCACAACUUAUUUGAAGACAACAUGGCCUUGCCCUGUGAAAGUGUGUUGAGCUUAGCCGAUCUAAAAACCCCUGCAGGCUCAAACCAGGCCAGCCCUGUGCGGAAAGCCUCGGCCAUUUUGCAUGAGGGUCCAAACGAUGAGACCCCAAAUAAUGAAGUAUUCCAGGAGUCAGUGGAGAAGCAGGCAGGGGGCCUUGGUCAGCUGGCCAAAGGAGAAAGUCCUUCUCUCACUAUGACCAGUCCUCCCUCCGGUGGAGAUGGGCAGGUGAUUAUUUCAAGUGUGGAUGACCAUCUUGUGACUCCUGUGACUGAAGAGGACAUGGUGGGAACGGCAGGCACACACUUGGCAGAGCUGGAGUUUGGAGAGACUCCUGAGGGCGAAGACCUCACCCACCUAAAGCCAGAAUCUGUAUCUCCUUCAGGUUCCUUAAAGGAGCUCAGAAGCCUGCUGACAGUGCCCAUUGAGGUACCAGUAGAGUCUGUCCAUCUCGACAUGGGAAAAGAUACAAAUGAGGAGACCCUGGCUCCUCCAGAAAUUGAAAAAGAAGAGGAGACAACCCAUGUGUACACAGAGGUCAAUCAGGCAGCUGCCACCAGUCAGGACAACUGUGAAGAAAGUCAAGUCAGCAAGAGGGAGGCCCAUUCUUCCCUAGGAGAGGCUCAGGCUGGUGGGGCAGAGUUGGGGGGGUUUCCAGGGGCUCCGCCAGCCAGUGGAGGGCCUACCAAGGGUGCCGGCAGCCCAGCCAGACCAGAGGAGCAGGCUGAGGCUGAAGUGCCUGCAGAGAGGGAUCUCCCAGGGAGGGCUUGCACUCUGGAGGCCCAUUCUGUGGAGGGAGAGACCCUGCCCCAGGAAGAUUGUGCCUUCAGUCCUGCCCCCAUCGGCUCCCAGGAGAGCCAGGUUUCCAUAGAACAAGAAGAGGUGGGAGGGCAAAGCAGCACCGCCCAGGCUCCUGCCAGCUUGGAUGCAGAGAUGCAGGCUGCCCCUGUCCAUGUUUAUGAGUGUCAGUGGGUGGUCGAGAAUGCUCCAGACCUCGAUAUCCUAGGCUCACAGAAUGAGGAGAGUACCCCAGAGCCACCACCUUCCGAGGAGUGAAUAUGACAAUUUCGCAAAAGUAUUUCUUUGAACAAAUUCAGCCAAAGGGUUAUAGUAAUAGGUACACUUAAGGGUUGCAUGCGAAUUGUUAAAAAAUUUUUAAUUAAUUCCUUAAUCUGUAUGAUGAAACCAGAUGAAACAGGCUAUGCAGAAUGAAGCAAACCUUGGUGGAACUGAACGGUUCUAUUGUGAAUUGUUGCUUUAGCAUGUUAAUAGGAAUUUCAUGGUGGUGGAGUGUUGGGGUGAGAGGAAGCUGAGUAGGGUGUUGACACAAACACUGAAAACAGGAGGAGUUCAGCCUCCAACACUCUUUGCACAUUUUCUCCCAAUGCACUUUAACGCUUUUUAAUUUUUUCUAAGAAUGCAUAUGCAAAUCCAGCUUCACAACCUAUUAUGCCAACUUCACUGUCACUUAAGGGCUCAGCAUCUGUCCACAGUUGGGCUGCAAGAAAACAGGGAUGAUGUGAACACAACACUCUUGCCUCAUACAGCCCACGGAGCCUGAGAGAUCUCCAGGGAUGCUGGGCUGAAUCGGAGGAAGGUUGUGGUCUGUGUUGCUGUCUGGGCCUGUCACUAAUUCUGCUGUCAAUUUCUGGUUCAUUAAUCUUGUUGAUUCUUAUUAAUUAAUCACCUUUUCUGGAAAUUAAGAGGAAGCAAGACAUUUCCUUGGCAUGUUUAAGCCUGAAAGCAUUCCAAAUUAGCCUCAGACCAUGCCGAGAAAGCGCUUAGCUAAAUUACUGAGCUUAAAACCUACCAAUCAACAAAUAUUAUUGAACAGUUACUCUAUACCACAUACUAUAGCAGGCAUAGUAACAAAAAUAAGAAAAUAUACAGGGUUUUGUGUAGUGUAAAUUAAAGAACCCAAGGGAAUUAUAUCUAGAAGGAAAAAAUAUGCUACUUUUCAAAGCAUGACAGCUUUCUAUUUUCCUAUUCAAAUAGUCCUGCUUCAUUCCCAGAAGGGAAUAAAUGAAUCAUAAAUAAGAAAUGAAGGAGGGAAUUAGGGAGGGAGGAAGGGAGAGAAAGAGAGGGCAGGAAAGCGAGCCAAAGUAUGUAUUAUCAAGUUCCAAAGAUCUUACCAAGAGUAGAAAGCAUUUGUUAAUUCAUUCAGCAAGUUACCUGAGGUCCCUUACCUCCCCAGAGCUUGAGAUAUUGUGGUGAAAGAAGAUUGUUUCUUUCAUUUUAAUGGUAAUAAACACAAAUCCAUCUUCUAAAUGGAUCAUGACCCUUAACUCUUCCUGUUAAAGCUGGAAUGGACUUGUAAAAGAUGAAAAAGAUAGGUUCUGUAAUCUUCAGAAAAAUUCCAGAUGAUUUUCUCAAAGCUUCAGUCCCAGGAACUACAUCUUGAAAUUUCCUUCUACAAAUUUUAAUAUUAGUUCCCAACAUAUUAUCCUAAGAGCUUGUUUGUAUUAUUAGCAACAAAUAAGUUUGUAUUCAUUCUGUACAUAUUUGUACAGUGUGUUUAACCAUUUAGCCAGGAAUCUGAAUAUCUCCCUUUAUACUUCCCCAUGAAGAAUUUCUUGGAUUUCUAGGUUGUAAAGGAUGAAAAAAAUCAUUAUCAGUAUACUCUCAUAUUGAAUUGUUUUAAAUUUUCUUAGUGCAUUUAAAUCCUCAUGUCUGUGAGGGAUCUGGUUAUAGGUAAAAAGGUAGAUUCCACAUCUUCCUCUCCCCUCCCUGUGUGAGCAAACACAUACCCAGUGUCUUUGCACUUAGCACAGAUUACUGAAAUUAUGUUUACUUCCCGUCUCUCCCUGGGGCUCCUCUCUUCAAAGACAGAAACCAGGGUUUAGUCAUGUGUUUCCUGCUUGAAACAUAGAGCCUUGAAUAAUGGCUCUCUGCCUCCUCAAGUCUCUUCAACGUCUCUAAUGCCAACACAGGAAUUAGCUCCUGCCAGGCAGGGCAGGAAAGGAGAGAACUGAACUUCUGCCUUACUGCUCUGCUGGGGCUCUUUGGACUUUCUGCCCUUGGGGAGUCAUUCCUUAAAUCAGGUCCAAAGUCCAAAGGGUGGAUGGCCAGGUGAUCAGAUGCUGCCCAGUAAGGCCAGCAGCCAAGAAGCCGUGUCCAGCCCACAAGGUUGCCUUGGGGGAAAGCCUGACAAAGGAGGUCCCAGCCCAGGCUGACCCCACUCAUGACUUCCCCACUUCCUUCCUGUGCUAACUUUAGGGCUUCUUGCACCCUUUGGAAAAUGAAGAGAUUCUGCUAAACCUAAGAGAGUACAUUUCGUUGCUCUAAUACUCUGUAUUAGAUGGAUAAACAUCAGUGCCCUCCCUUUAUCCAUCCCGUAGGCCAGAGAAGAUGGUACAACGUGGAAGGAUGCACUCAAGAACACAGUCAAAGAAUAUUCCUAUAAAUAUUUCAGAAAAGACAAGUUCACAAGACUAAACAGGAAGAUUAUCUUCCAUUUGAAGCUGGAACAGGAAAUUAAAAUGCAUUAAAAAUAUUCUGUAUUCAUUUGAACACAUUGAGUGGAACAACUUCAUAUUCUUUGGAUUUUGUCUUGAUUUUAAUACAGGCUUGUAUUUGGUGCUCCAGUGGUUUCCAGGUUGCAUGAAGGAGGUUGUGAAUUAAAUGAACAGCAUGAAAAGAUUUUGACCACUGCUCUGGACACCCCUCCUGUGGGCAAACCCAUUAGAAAAGUAUAAAACUUCAAGAUGUGGUUUUUCCCAAAACACCAGGACUUUAAUUAUGUUGCUGUUGACCUUUCACCAAGAAAGAAUAUUUCCUUGAAAAAAAAACUUGUCAUUUUCUCCUUGUAGCUGAGAAAGGAAAGAGUAGUGCCUUGAUUUAUGCAGAAUAAACUCUUCAAGAAAUGUGCUGUGCAGAUCACAAGGAUAAGCUUCCAAUUUAUCCAAAAGCUUUCUAAAGUGGCUGUCAAGGACUGUAGGCCUUAAGGCUUUCUGUUCUACAAUCUUAAGGCCUUCUCUUCUAUAACGCUGAUUCAUAGGACUGGUUUUGUAGCCCUCCAGAUUGGAGUUGUGAUUUCAAAGGACUUCACAAUUCUUCUAGCCAAAAGGGAUUCUAAUUCCUUCUAAAGUGUCAAAUCAUAUGCUACCCAGCAAUUUUAAUCUGGGGGAGGGCAGGCCAUCACUGACAGAAACAAUAAGACAGUUGCACUAGGUAAAACAGUUAGCUUUGUGUGCCUUCUUACUUGACCUUUAAUGAAUGGGAUUGGGAUUUGCCUCUUAAGUCUGCAACUUCAUGAAGAAAACCAUACACUGUGCAUUGGUUUUACCAGUCAUGCUGUAAAGCAGAUAAAGCCGAAACACUUUGUAACCACAUAUUUACUUUGCAAGUGCCUAUAUUCCAAUAAAAUGUUCAUCCUUGAAGAGCUUUCCAGAUGUCAUAUAUAUUUGGAAUGGGGCUGGGUUUAUCUUUUAAGUAAAUGUCAUGCUUGAGGUAGAUGGAACAGCCCUCACUCCUAUGGGAUUACGGCGCUUUUAACUUUCUAUUAUCAGGAAAGAAUCCGCAGGGAAGUCACUUCAUGUCAGAUGUCCUUAUACUUUGGAAAUAUACCUGCUUAUUUCUCUAGGAAUUGGAUUAUGCCCUUAAUACAUUACUUGACAUCACUGAAUUGCUGUUCAACCUUAUAUUAAUUUUCAGUGGGUAGCGUUGGGUGAAACAUUCAUUCUAUAAUUAUAAGUAAAAUAAUAUUUACUCACCAAUAUUGACUUGAU